AAACAGGGGAAACCGUUUAACACGAUCAGCACGAUAGCCUUCGUUAGAACUUUUUUUCUCUAGUCGACCGACUGUACCUUCAAACCAACUGCAAAACCAAGUUGACGCUGUUGACAUCGCGUUCCUUCGAGCUCGUCCCAUUUGCUGUCGAUUGUCACCGAACCCCCUCCACCUCCUCAUUUCUCUCCUACAACCAAAAUGCGUCCAGAAAUCGAGCAAGAACUUGCUCAUACCUUGCUCGUUGAGCUGCUCGCAUAUCAAUUUGCAUCUCCUGUGAGAUGGAUCGAAACACAAGAUGUGUUCCUCGGCGAGAAGACAGCAGAACGUAUUGUUGAAGUUGGACCCGCAGAUACUCUAGGCGUAAUGGCCAAGAGAACAAUCGCAUCUAAAUACGAAGCUUUUGACGCAGCAAAGUCUAUUCAACGACAAAUUUUGUGUUACAACAAAGAUGCGAAGGAGAUCUACUACGAUGUAGACCCAAUUGAGGAGGAGCCAGAACCCACCGCUGCAGAGUCCUCAUCGAGUUCCGCACCAGCACCGGCAGCAGCCGCUGCCCCCGCUGCUGCUGCUGCUGCUCCCGCCCCCAGUGCAGGCCCUGCGGCGGCCAUAAGCGAUGUACCUGUGUCCGCUCUUGAGAUCGUCCGAGCGUUAAUAGCACAAAAAUUAAAGAAGCCUUUCCUUGAAAUUCCUUUAAGCAAGGCUAUAAAGGAUCUAGUCGGAGGCAAGUCCACACUCCAGAAUGAGAUCCUAGGUGACCUAGGAAAGGAGUUUGGAUCAACACCCGAAAAGCCUGAAGAUACCCCUAUCGACGAAUUAUCAGGAUUAAUGCAGGCGACGUUCAAUGGCCAGCUUGGAAAACAAUCUCAGUCACUGAUUGCCCGCCUAAUCUCUUCUAAGAUGCCUGGAGGUUUCAACAUGACGUCUGCACGCAAAUACCUAGAGACCAGAUGGGGCCUCGGCUCUGGACGACAAGACGGAGUACUCGUAUUGGCACUUACCAUGGAGCCAGCCGCCCGCUUAGGCUCGGAGAAUGAUGCCAAAGCUUACUUUGACGAUGUUGCACAGAAAUAUGCUACCAACGCUGGCAUUAGCUUGUCAACGGCUACAACCGCUGGCCCAGCUACUGGCGGGUCCGGUGGCAUGAUGAUGGAUCCGGCUGCUAUCGAUGCUCUUACUAAAGAUCAGCGCGCCCUGUUCAAGCAACAGCUUGAACUGCUAGCGAGAUACCUGAAAAUGGACCUUCGAGCUGGUGAAAAGGCCGCUCAAUCAUCACAAGAGUCCCAACAGGUAUUGCAGGCACAGCUCGAUCUAUGGAACACUGAGCACGGUGACUUCUAUGCGACAGGUAUCGAACCUGUGUUCAGCCCCCUCAAAGCGCGCACGUACGAUUCAUCUUGGAACUGGGCGCGUCAAGAUGCCCUCAGUAUGUAUUAUGAUGUCAUUUUCGGACGACUUCAGGCCGUCGACAGGGAAAUCGUCAGCCAGUGCAUCCGCAUCAUGAGCAAAUCAAAUCCCCUGCUCCUUGAAUUUAUGCAGUACCACAUUGAUAACUGCCCUACCGAACGCGGAGAAACCUAUAAACUAGCCAAGGAAUUAGGACAACAGCUGAUCGAAAACUGUAAAGAGGUUAUGAAUGUACCACCGCAUUACAAGGACGUUGCUGUUCCGACCGGCCCUCACACAUCUAUCGAUGCACGCGGAAAUCUUAGCUACGAAGAAGUUCCCAGGCAAAGCUGCCGAAAGCUUGAACACUAUGUUCAGCAGAUGGCGGAAGGCGGUAAAAUAUCCGAGUACGGCAAUCGCACCAAAGUUCAAAAUGACCUGGGACGUCUUGUCAAGCUAAUCAAGGAGCAACACAAAAUGUCCAAAACCGCGAAACUGGAAUUCAAGAACCUUUAUGGAAACGUUCUUCGAUCUCUUGCGAUGAAUGAGAGUCAGAUAUUACCUAAAGAGAAUGGGAAAGCAAACGGUUUUGUCAAGAAGCCCUCGUUGAAGACGAACGGCCAAAACGGCAAAGGCAAGAUGGAAACCAUUCCUUUCCUACACCUCAAACGCCAUAAUUUGCACGGCUGGGAAUAUAGCAAACGAUUAACUGGAGUCUACCUGGAUUGCCUAGAAGAAGCUGCCAAGUCGGGCGUUACCUACCAGGACAAAUACGUUCUCAUGACCGGAGCUGGUGCCGGCUCAAUUGGUGCUGAAGUUCUCCAAGGUCUCAUCAGUGGAGGUGCUAGAGUGAUCGUUACCACAAGUCGCUUCUCACGCCAAGUAACAGAGUAUUACCAGGCCAUGUACGCCAGGUACGGUGCUCGUGGGUCUCAGCUUGUUGUUGUUCCAUUCAACCAAGGCAGCAAGCAGGAUGUGGAAGCUCUUAUCGAAUACAUUUACGAUCCUAAGAACGGACUAGGCUGGGACCUUGAUUAUAUCAUUCCGUUUGCUGCUAUAUCUGAGAAUGGUCGCCAAAUCGACGGCAUUGACUCGAAAUCCGAACUUGCCCAUCGUAUCAUGCUGACGAAUCUCAUUCGUCUUUUGGGCUGCGUCAAGACGCAAAAGUCGGAGCGCAACUUUGAGACUCGGCCUGCUCAGGUUGUUCUCCCGUUAUCUCCUAACCACGGUACGUUUGGUAGUGACGGUCUUUAUUCGGAGUCCAAGCUUGGUCUUGAGACUCUUUUCAACCGCUGGCAUUCCGAAAGCUGGGCCAACUACCUCACCAUCUGCGGUGCCGUCAUUGGCUGGACCCGUGGUACAGGCCUUAUGUCUGGCAACAACAUUGUUGCUGAAGGAGUUGAGCAAUUUGGAGUGCGCACGUUUUCUCAACAAGAGAUGGCCUUCAACCUCCUUGGGCUUAUGUCCCCGGAUAUCGUAGACCUCUGCCAGAACGAACCUGUGUUUGCCGACCUGAACGGCGGUCUCCAGUUCAUUCCCAACUUGAACGAUGCGAUGACACGGAUACGCAAGGACAUCAUGGAAACUAGCGAAGUUCGCCAGGCCGUCACUCAGGAGACAGCGAUCGAGAACAAGGUUGUCAAUGGUGAAGACUCAGAGGCGUUGUAUAAAAAGAAGCUUAUCGAACCGCGCGCCAACAUCAAAUUUGAUUUCCCUACUCCCCCCGACUGGGAGAAGGAGAUUGAACCUCACAAUGAGAAGCUCAAAGGCAUGGUGGACUUGGACAGAGUUGUUGUUGUCACCGGCUUUGCUGAGAUAGGACCUUGGGGUAACUCGAGAACCCGCUGGGAAAUGGAAGCACAUGGCGAGUUUUCGAUCGAGGGAUGUGUCGAGAUGGCGUGGAUCAUGGGUCUUAUCAAAAACCACAACGGCCCCAUCAAAGGACAGCCCUACUCGGGUUGGGUCGAUGCCAAGACCGGUGACCCGGUCGAAGAUAAGGAUAUCAAACGAAAGUACGAGGCAUAUAUCCUUGAGCAUUCAGGCAUCCGUCUCAUCGAGCCUGAGCUCUUUGAUGGGUAUGAUCCCAAAAAGAAGAUGAUGCUUCACGAAAUCCAACUUGAGGAGGACCUUGAACCAUUCGAGGGCUCAAAGGAAACGGCUGAGGAAUUCAAGAGACAGCACGAUGACAAGUGCGAGAUUUUCGAGAUUCCUGAGACGGGCGAGUAUACCAUUCGCCUCAGGAAGGGUGCUACUCUGUGGAUUCCCAAGGCUCUUAGAUUUGACCGCCUUGUCGCUGGGCAAAUACCUACCGGCUGGGAUGCCAAGAAAUAUGGUGUUCCCGACGACAUCAUCUCCCAAGUCGACCGUGUCACCCUCUACGUACUUAUCUGUGUAGCUGAGGCCCUUCUAGCUUCGGGUGUCACUGACCCGUACGAAUUUUAUAAGUACGUCCAUGUAUCAGAAGUCGGCAACUGCAUCGGUUCUGGCCAAGGUGGUAUGAAUGCUCUUAACGGGAUGUACACCAAGCGCAAGAUGGAUCACGACAUUCAAAAGGACAUCUUACAGGAGUCUUUCAUCAAUACAAUGGCUGCCUGGGUCAAUAUGCUUUUGUUGUCUUCCUCUGGUCCCAUCAAGACCCCCGUCGGAGCCUGCGCCACAGCCGUAGAAUCGGUAGACAAUGGCUUCGAGGCUAUUAUGGAAGGUAAAGCACGGAUUUGCCUGGUUGGUGGCUUCGAUGACUUCGGUGAGGAGGGCUCAUAUGAGUUUGCCAACAUGAAGGCGACGAGCAACAGUGUCGACGAAUUUGCUCAUGGCCGAACGCCACAAGAGAUGUCGCGUCCAACCACCACCACGAGAAGUGGAUUCAUGGAGUCUCAAGGAUGUGGUAUACAAGUCCUCAUGACGGCCCAGUUAGCGCUCGAUAUGGGUGUGCCCAUCUAUGGUGUCCUUGCCCAUACCACCACGGCAAGCGACAAGACUGGACGCUCAGUUCCAGCGCCUGGUCAAGGUCUGUUGACCACCGCUCGGGAAGCCCCUAGCAAGUUCCCAUCACCCCUGCUCGAUAUGAAAUACCGCCGCCGACAAAUCGAGAUUCGCAAGAGGCAAAUCCGCAGCUGGAAAGAAUCCGAACUCGAAUACCUUUAUGAGGAGGCAGCAGCCAUGCAGGCUCAAGGUCACGAAUUCGAUCAGAAUGAAUACACCCAGGCCCGUGCUGUCCACAUCGAAAAGGAAUCUAUAAGGCAGGAGAAGGAAGCUUUGCGAAGCCUCGGAAACAAUUUCUGGAAGCAAGACAACACCAUCGCUCCUCUCCGAGGUUCCCUCGCCACUUGGGGUCUUACAAUUGACGAUCUAGAUGUUGCAUCCUUCCACGGUACCUCAACUAAGGCCAAUGACAAGAAUGAAUCUUCCGUUAUUUGCCAGCAGCUGCGCCAUCUUGGUCGGAAGAAGGGUAAUGCCGUCUUGGGCAUCUUCCAAAAGUACCUCACUGGUCAUCCGAAGGGUGCUGCUGGUGCUUGGAUGUUCAACGGUUGCUUACAAGUGAUGAACACCGGUUUGGUCCCUGGUAAUCGCAACGCCGACAACGUCGACGAGGUGAUGGAGAAGUUUGAUCUGAUUGUGUAUCCUAGUCGAAGCAUCCAGACCGACGGUGUAAAGGCCUUUUCACUGACUUCGUUCGGUUUCGGACAAAAGGGUGCUCAGACGAUCGGUAUUCAUCCAAGGUAUCUGUACGCAACACUCGACAAGCAAACGUAUACAGAGUACUGUACCAAGGUGGCUGCCCGUCAAAAGAAGGCGUACCGAUUCCUGCAUAACGGCAUCAUCAACAAUGCUAUCUUCCAAGCCAAGGACCACGCACCGUACACUGAGGAGCAGCUGGCCCCUGUCUUGCUGAAUCCGGAUGCUAGAGUUACAGAAAAUGCGAAGACGGCUGAACUCGUCUACGCUGCCAAUUUCGCGAAGCAAGCCGCGGAGCCUCAUCUUGCGAAAGAAAGGAGUACCAAGGAGAUGGUAGAGGCCUUAGCCCAAAGCCUCCAGACAGGGAAGAAUAACAAGGUGGGUGUCGAUGUAGAGGAUAUCACAGCCAUUAAUAUCGAAAAUCCCACGUUCAUCGAACGCAACUUCACGGAUAAGGAAAUUGCGUACUGCCAGAAAACGCCUAGCCCACAGAGCUCGUUUGCUGGUCGGUGGAGUGCCAAAGAAGCAGUUUUCAAGAGCCUAUCUGUCCAAAGCAAGGGGGCCGGUGCACCCUUGAAGGACAUUGAAAUUCUGCCCAAUGAGCUCGGUGCUCCUAUCGUCACUGUAAGUAAAUGCCUGCUAAAAUGCAUGACAAGAAAGUUUUGCUAAUGGAUUACAGCUUCAUGGUGAUGCGCAAGAAGCGGCAAAGAAGGCAGGUGUCAAAGAAAUUAGCGUAUCCAUCUCGCAUUCGGAGACACAGGCUAUCGCGAUUGCGGUCGCAACUUUUUAAACGUGAUUGAGCUGGUGUGCUU